AUGGCAUCGAUCCAGGAUAAUGAAGGCCACGUCAAGUUCGACUUGCAUAUUUCGACAAAGAAUGAGCUGGUACCUGAAGAUCGAGCGGGAGAGCGGGAUGAUAGCGAGGAAGAAGAAUUAUCAGUCAUCUCGAGUCCAACGAACCAACCUGUGGUCUCCGCGUUGUCCGAGGAGACUAUGACCUCACUAACCCAGAUAUUCGAGACAUUGUAUCUGGAACAUCCGCUUAAAGUUUCCAAAAAGGCUUCACGAGAUGAACGCCGUGACCGGGAAUUUAUUUCCAUGAGUCUCGUGUACGGCGAGAUCGCCUUCGAGCCGUUCAAAGUUGUUCUGGACGUGUUGAAACGCUGGCACCACGUGCUAAACAAACCAGGGGGUAUUUUUCUCGACAUCGGAUCGGGAAGUGGCAAAGCGGUCUUCGCUGCCGCUUUGUUACACGACUUUGACGCUUGUUACGGCAUCGAAGUGCUCGAAGGUCUUCACUCCAUUUCUCAAGAAGUUUUACAACGCUGGGAGAAAAUUAUCAAGCCAAAUUGUGCACUGCCCUUGCAAAAAAAGCGAACGAGAAUUUCGUUCACUCGGGGAGACGCUCUCACUAUGGACUGGCCAGCCAAUGCAGACGUGGUUUUCCUCAAUUCGACGUGUUUUGGCGAACGAUUGAUGUACGCAUUAGCGAGAAAACUCGCGCUGUGUUGCAAACCUGGAGCAAUUGUCAUCACGGCCACACACAAGCUACCAGAUACACAGAAUUUCGCUGAAUUGAGGCACCUCACAGUCACUCAGGAAGCGUGGGGAGACGCUACGUGGUAUCUGCAUCGCAAGAAAUGACAAAAAAAAGCUUUAUACACAUUUGCUAACGGAGGUCUAAUAUACGGCUA